AAAAGAAUGCGCUUUCCCAUAAUUAUCUGUCUUUUUAGCUAGCUAGCUUCUAUUUCUUUUUAUUUUUUCUUUCUCUCUCUCUCUCUCUCUCUCUCUCUCUCUCUCUCUGUCUAUAAAGGGUGCUUUCAUACCAAACCGCUCCCACACACAAAAACAAUAAGGAACACCAUGGCUCCGACUCUGAGUGGCUUCUUGAUGAGUUCGUCAACUGCCUGGGCUCUUUGCGUCUUGGUCCUUGUGGUCGAACCUCAUUUUGCUUACAGUUCGAGCCGUGGUUCGUUUGUACUAAACAAAGGCCUUGUGUCUACCCCAACCGAUGGUAUAUGCGCCUCGUCGGUGACCAUUUAUGGCUAUAAGUGUCAGGAGCUCCAAGUGACGACCCAAGAUGGUUAUAUUUUGAGUCUGCAAAGAAUUCCAGAAGGUCGUUAUGGGGGUGGUGAUCAUGUGGGAAAGAAGCAGCCAGUCCUGAUUCAGCAUGGGAUUCUAGUGGACGGAAUGACCUGGCUAUUGAAUCCACCAGAGCAAGAUUUACCGUUGAUCUUAGCUGAUAAUGGUUUCGACGUGUGGAUUGCCAACACUAGAGGGACCAGAUUUAGUCGCAGACAUACAUCUCUGGACCCCAUCAAUCCGAGGUUUUGGAAUUGGUCUUGGGAUGAACUGGUCACCUUUGAUCUACCAGCCGUUUUUGAUUUCAUAUAUAGCCAAACAGGGCAGAAGGUUGAUUAUGUGGGCCAUUCCUUGGGAACAUUAAUAGCUUUGGCAUCAUUCUCAGAAGGAAGGUUGGUGGACAAGGUGAAAUCAGCAGCAAUGUUGAGCCCAAUUGCUUAUUUAAGCCACAUGAACACUGCACUUGGUGUUAUUGCUGCCAAAGCCUUUCUUGGAGAGAUAACAACGCUGUUCGGGCUGGCAGAGUUUGAUCCAAAAGGGUUGUCUGUAACCAACUUUCUGAAGUCUCUCUGUGAUAAUCCAGGGGUUGAUUGCUAUGACUUGUUAAGUGCACUUACCGGUAAAAAUUGCUGUCUCAAUUCUUCCACUGUUGAUUUGUUCCUGAUGAAUGAGCCUCAAGCAACAUCGACCAAGACCUUGGUUCACUUAGCCCAAACUGUUCGUGAUCGGGUUCUUGAAAGAUACAACUAUGGGAGACCUGAUUAUAAUCUAUUGCAUUAUGGUGAAUUCUUCCCUCCAGUUUAUAACCUGUCAAACAUUCCCCAUGACCUUCCUCUGUUCCUCAGCUAUGGAGGCCAGGAUGCACUCUCUGAUCCUCGAGAUGUGGGGCUUUUACUCGAUGCUCUCAAGUUCCACGAUGUAGACAAGCUUACUGUUCAGUUUGUAAACGAUUAUGGACAUGCAGAUUUCAUUAUGGGAGUGAAUGCCAAGGACAUUGUUUAUAGAUCAGUAGUCUCAUUUUUCAAACAUCAUAUAUAGUUUAUCCUUGUUAUAUUAGGAAAAUAAGAAAGUAGCUAGAGUCUAGAGAUUUAUAUGGUAACUAAGCUGUUACUGUAAACAAAUGUGCAAGGAUUUUCAUGAGCAAUAUAAAUCUACUAUGCAAUGUUGGAACA